AUGAGCCAUGAUGAGGAAAAGAAGCCUGUUGUACCAAAGGAGAUAUCAGAUAUUGGAGAACUGAACAUUGGAUGCAAGUGUUGGGUCGACAAAGAUGGAGAGGAGAGGCUAGCAGAGAUCUUGAGUAUAAACAAGAGAAAGAGCCCACCUAAGUUUUAUGUACACUAUGAGGACUUCAACAAGCGUCUAGACGAGUGGGUGCUGACGCCGCGGAUUAACCUCGGAAGGGAAGUGUUUUUUCCUCAAGACGAAAAGGAUGCAAAGGAAGCGGAGAAAGAUAAAUCCAGUAGUAAGAAGCAGAAACAGAAGAAGAACACACCAGCAAGUCGAUCCUCGUCUCAUUCUGAUGCAGUAGACGGAGAAGAUGUCAUGGAUCUUGACAACUUGAAUGUGCAAGGUAUCAAGGACGAGGAUAUAUCACGAGACGACGAGAUCAAGAAACUUAGAACCUCAGGAUCCAUGGUUCAAAAUUCACACGAAGUUGCGAGAGUCAGAAAUCUGAACAAAAUAAUCAUGGGGAAAUACGAAAUUGAACCUUGGUAUUUCUCGCCUUAUCCCAUCGAGCUCACCGAUGAAGAUGUGGUAUACAUCGACGCAUUUACUUUACAGUACUUUGGUUCCAAAAAGCAGUAUGAAAGAUACCGGUCAAAAUGCACGCUGCGGCAUCCUCCCGGGAACGAGAUUUACCGUGAUGACUAUGUGUCGUUUUUCGAAAUUGAUGGCAGGAAGCAGAGAACGUGGUGCCGGAACCUGUCCUUGCUCUCAAAGCUGUUUUUGGACCACAAGACUCUUUAUUACGACGUCGAUCCAUUUUUAUUUUAUUGCAUGACGAGGAGAGAUGAAUUAGGACAUCAUUUGGUUGGUUAUUUUUCCAAAGAGAAAGAAUCAGCGGAAGGAUACAACGUUGCGUGUAUUCUGACACUUCCACAGUAUCAAAGAAUGGGUUACGGAAGACUCUUGAUCGAGUUUUCCUACGAGCUCUCAAAAAAGGAAGGGAAAGCAGGCUCUCCCGAGAAGCCCCUCUCUGAUUUAGGCCUACUAUCAUACAGAGCUUAUUGGGCAGAUACAUUAAUCAAGCUCCUUAUGAAUCAUGGAACAGAAAUAACUAUUGAUGAAAUAAGCUCAAUGACCUCAAUGACAACAACAGACAUUCUACACACUCUGAAGGCCCUCAACAUUCUACAAUACUAUAAAGGACAACACAUCAUUUACAUGAAUGAAGAUGUUGUACAACGUUACGAGAAAAUUAAACAGAAAAAAGGCCGUAAUAUCGAUCCAGCCAAACUUAUUUGGAAACCUCCAGUGUUCACAGCUUCUCAGCUCCGUUUUGCAUGGUAG